AUGAAAAAAUUGCUCAUUGUUUCAGGACUUACAGGAUCAGGCAAAUCAUAAUUAGUUUAAUUGCUUGGUGAAUAAUUAAAAACAAUUGUAAUUCCUGUUGACUCUCUGUAAAUUUAUAAGAAUUGGCCAAUAUCGAGUAACUGGCCUAAAAAAAUAGAUAAUUACGAACUCAUAGGAAAAUAUGAUGGAUUGAAAUAGACAAUCACAAGUUAUCAUUAUAAAAUGGAAGUCAUGGAGAUUUUGAAAUAAAGGGAUAAUGCCAUACUAGAAGGAGGAUGUUGUUUCUUUAUGAAUUAUUUGCUAAACUCAAGGAAAGAGCAGUUUGAAGAAAAUUAAAUAAAGGCUGCAGAUUUAGAAGCAUCAAAAUUAUUGGAAAAUUGUAGGGAUCCACAAGCUCUAUUGAAGGAGCAUUUCAAAAAUUAUGAUGACUCCAUCAAUUCAUCAGAUAGAUAUAGAAUUUAGAAGGCGUUGCGAUUUGCUUUAUUGACCAAAGGAGAAUCUAUCACUUCUCCGUUCAAUCAGGAUGAUCCAAGAUUAUGUGAUGAAAUGGAUAUUAGAGGGUUCUUUUUUACAGAACCUUAAGAAAAUAUUUCAAAAAAGAUUUAUGCAAGGUGUGAUGAAAUGAUUCGAUAAGGAGUGAUUGAAGAAUUUUAUUAAUUUUAUUAGAUGCAACAUUAAAAAGAGUUUCGAGUCACUACACCUUUAGGGUAUGAUGAAUUUGUGAAUUUAUUAAAAUGCUUUUAAAGUAUAUUGGAAGGAAGAUAUAUAUCAAAUAAGAGAGCAGAAAAAUAGAAGAGGGAGUAUGUUUUGAAGUUCAUUUAACAAUUCUAUAUAAAAUCACGUCAAUACGCAGCUUAUUAGCGCAAAUAUUUCAGGUCUAAUUUAAAUUCAUUCUUAUGGAUUGACAACAGAACUUUAAAUAUACCAUAAUUAAUUUUAUAAUAUUAUAAUUGUGAUCGAUAGGAAUACGAAUCCAAGGUUGCUUCACCAUAAAAUGAGUAAUUGAAAAAGGAAUUAAGUUCAAAAUUACUUGGUAAGCAGAAUGAUCCAAUUCCAUCCAAGGAUAUAUAAGAAAUAGUAUAUAGGACAGUUGAUGGGAUUAUAGAAUAAUGA